AUUACCAUAUCUUCAUAUACCCAGGCAAUGACCUUGCUAACCUUAAGAAUUCUCUUUGAAUUAUCACAAGUGUUUGUUUGCAAUUCUUCACGACAUUCAUCCUGUCGCAAGCUGGAAAGAUAAGUGCUUAUGACUGAAAUCUAUUAAUCAUUUUUGGUCAAUUUUUUCACAGCACUCAGGACAAGUUUGAAGAGAAGCUACUGUCUUCGUGAAUCACCUAGACCCUCGCGACAACAAAUAAACUAGGCACGCAAGCUGUUGACACAAUGGCUCAUCAACAUCAUACUAGCUUCCUUUUCAAUGUGAAUGAGCUUUACGUUAAUGAAGAUCCCGAAAGCGGAGGUAGACCUCCGAGGGUAAACGAGAAUGGUCGAUGGGUGCCACCCGUUUAUAGAGAUGGUUUCUUACCUCAGACUCCCGGGCGAACGUUUAGAUGGAACAACGGACACAUCGAAUAUGCUGGGGCUAAUUACCAAUGGUUUGGUGGGCAAGGUUUGACCUAUCUGAACAACGAAACGCUUCAACAUUACAGUAGUACAACUUUGUUUUGGUGUAAUGAAUUUACACAGUUUCAAAUGAUGGAAGCGGACGCAACAACGAUAGACAUAGCAACUUCAGAUUUCCCAUACAACAGAUGGUAUCCCCUGACAUUUCGAUACGAGAGAACGCUUUCAAGAGUAUCUGCUUCUAUGGAGGAGCAAUAUCUUGCUGGAAGAGACGGGGCUUGGAUUGCUCAGCUUGGGCUUCAGGCGUACCGCAAUCGUAGGAACCAACAGACGGAAGGACUCGCUGGCAACCUUGCUACCGUUGUAGCAUUGGUGGCAUUCUCUUGCACUGAUGAUGAUACUCUAUAUAAUGUUCUAAUCAAUAAUCGUGCAUGGCGAGGGCAGUUGAGGGUUUACGAUGCAGAACAUGGAAGACGUCCUGAGAGGGGAGUCGUGAGCAACAUCUAUCUAGACCCAGAGAACCCGAAUGGCUCUACAUAUGAUUCGCUUCGCCAUAUAGAAUGGUUUAAUGGGCCCAUCAUUUACUAA